AUUCUGCUCCCGGGAAAAGGACGGAGGAAGGUGGAGCGGGGAGAGAGAGAGCGGGAGAGAGCAGCAGAUGGGGAUCAGAUUCAUACUCAUGGUGAACAAGCAAGGGCAGACGCGGCUCGCCCAGUACUACGAGUACCUCACCCUCGAGGAGAGGAGGGCGCUCGAGGCAGAGAUCGUAAGGAAGUGCCUCACCCGGACAGAACACCAGUGUUCAUUUGUUGAGCAUCGAAACUAUAAGAUCGUGUAUAGGCGCUAUGCGUCACUCUUUUUCUUGGUAGGGGUUGAUAAUGAUGAGAAUGAACUAGCAAUUCUGGAAUUUAUACACUUACUAGUGGAAACUAUGGACCGCCACUUUGGAAAUGUGUGUGAACUGGAUAUAAUGUUCCACCUGGAAAAGGCCCACUUCAUGCUUGAAGAGAUGGUCAUGAAUGGCUGCAUUGUUGAGACCAACAAGUCAAACGUUUUAGCACCUAUUCAGCUCAUGGACAAAGCUUCCUAGGGAUUUUCAGAGAUCGCAGGAUAGAUGCUGAAAGUUCUUUUCGCUGUCGACAACAUCGUUGGCAUAAAGUCAGUGAAAGAAAAAGAAAGAGUGGGCCGUUUGACUGGCGACAUUCCCAAAUAUACUUAGGAAGUACCUUUGAUGCACAUACCUGGAUCAAGUAUCGCAGUGUGACUAAAUCUAUUCUUAAUAUUCUACAUUGAUGCAUUCUUUUCUUCUUUAAACCGUGGUUUGAACUCAUAGAAAUUAGUUCCUUCUCUCUCUC